AUGCAAAAGCAUUAAAUUAAAUGCCCCAUUGAAGGAAAUCAAUUCGCUUAAUUAGUUUGCUUAAAUAAAAAUUGUAAAGCUAAUAGGAUUUACUGUCUCUAAUGUUUAUAAUAAGGAGAUCACACUUCUCAUCCAAAGGAUCAAAAAAGUAUAGAUAAAUUAGAGGAGUACUUCUGUAAAAUUGAACAAGAUUGUAAAGAGUUAAUAAAAGAAGUUGGUUUGAUGAUAAUGGAGAUUGAUGAAUUAUCUGCAUAAUUUUUUUAAGGAUUGAAAAAUAAAUUUUAAAUAUCUAUAGAGAGUCUGAUGCAAUUAGAUUAAGAGCAAAUGAAUGAGGUUCUGGAAUAAAUAGUAAAAUUUGAUGAAAUUAAACAUGAUAUACUGAACUAGGUCAGAUAUUGUUAAAAGAAUAUGAUCCUCUUGUUGUAGGAAAAAAUUGAAUUACUCAAGCUAUAAGAAUUUAAUUAAUGCAAGAUAAUUAAAUAGGAAUAAUUAGUUAUUUCAGAUUGCGAAAAAAAUAACUACGAUGCAGUAAUAGAAUUAUUAGAUAGCAAAUAAUUUAUUAAUUAGAAUUAUUAAUAAUCAUUACUCAUAAAAGGUAUUAUAAUCAAGGUCGCAUACAUUAGGGCUGUUUUUAAGAUUAAUUGGAAAUUACAAGGAUGCAAUAAUAUAAGUUGAUAAAGUUUUAUCUAUUGAUCCAAAAAAUGUUGAAGCUUUAUGCUCUAAAGGUAUUCAAAUUAAACAUAAUUAUAUUAGCUUAUUGUUUAGCAAUGCUCGGUAGUUACAAUGAUUCAGUAAUAUAAGCUGAUAAAGCUUUAUCAAACUUUGAAGGGCAUGUUGAAUCACUGUAUGUAAAAGGUAAAAAUCUUAGAUGAAAAUUUAGCUAAGGUUUUAGGAUUUCUUGGAGAAUACAAGAAGGCAAUUAAAUAUAUUGAUAACGUGUUGUCUAUCUCUUCAAAGCAUGUUGAAUCCAUAUGUUUAAAAGGUACAAAAAUAAUCAAUAAUUACUUUAGCUUAUUAUUUAGGAAUACUUGGCGAUUACAAUAAUUCAAUCAUAUAAGCAGAAAAAGCAUUAUCUUUAUAUCCCGAGCAUGUGGAGUCAUUAUCCACAAAAUGUAAAUAAAAUUCCUUAUGUAUAAGCUCGCAGUUUAAGAAUGCUCGAAAAGUACGAAGAAGCAAUCUAAUGGGCUGAUUAAGCUAUAUCUAUUAAUUCAAAGCACAUUGAAUCAUUAUGUUCAAAAGGUACAAAAAUUAACUUGGAAUUUAUUAGCAUAAAGUUUAAUGAUGCUUAGCUAUUAUGAUGAUGCGCUGAUUUGGGUCGAGAAAGCCUUGAUAAUAAAUCCAUAUCAUGUGAAAUCAUUGUACAUAAAAUGUAGAAAAGUUUUUUGAUAUAAAAGCUAAAUCUUUAUUAAAGGUUCAUAAAUACUAAGAAGCAUUCUAACUGGCUGAGAAAGCUUUGAGUUAAAACUCAUUGCAUAUUGAUUCAUUAAGUACAAAAGGUAUCGAUGUACUAUUCAUAUGAAUCAGCAUGCAUUUUAAGAGCGCUUAAAGAUUAUUAAGAAGCAAUUAUAUGGGCUGAUUAAGCUCUUUUUAUUGAUUCAAAACAUAUUGAAUCAUUAUUUACAAAAGGUUUAAAAUAAAAUAAAUUGAAUUAGCUCAAAGCCUAUUAGGGCUGAAAAAAUACAACGAGGCAAUUAAAAUUGCUGAUAAAAUUUUAUCUUUAAACUCAAAGCACAUUGAAUCAAUGUGUAUAAAGGGUAAAAAGUCAUAGAUAAAUUUAGCUGAGGGUUUAAUGCAUUUUUCAAAUUAUAAAGAAGCAAUUAAAUGGGCCGAUAAAGCUUUACAUAUAAAUUAGAACCAUAUUGAAUCACUGUGUAUAAAAGGUAUUCUGAGAUUGAUAAAUGCAUUAGCUUAGAGUUUAGGAUUACUUGGAUAUUAUAAUGAUGCUCUUAAAUUGGUAGAUUUAGCUUUGUCGAUUAGUCCAAAUGAUUUGGAUUUGUUAUUUUUAAAAGGCAUUUUGUUUUACCUAAUUUUAGGCAAUUCAUUAAGAUCUUUGGGUCAAUUUAAUGAAGCUCUCCAAGUUUUUGACCAAGCUUUAGAGAUUAAACCAAAUGAUGAAGCAUUUUUAUGCAACAAAGGUAUUUUACAAUUGUUCAUGUAGGAUAUUGUUUACAAGAAUUAUCAAAUUAUUAGGAGGCUAUAUUUUAUUUCAGUUAAGCUAUUUAGCUUGUCGCAAAUAGUGAAUGGAUCUAGCGUAAAGAGGGUAUAAUUACUAUAUUAACUAUUUAGAAUGUGAGGAAAAGUUAAAGAAAAGUAAGUUGAAUUGA